GAAUGUGAAUCCCUCCACUCUCACUUCUCUCCCUCACACACACACAAAAACACACAAUGAAAGGCAAGUGCACAAGCUCAUCAUCCCACACCAUCACCACUCAAGCAAUCAUAAAGACUGUAGCUUUCCUCUCCCUCCUCUGCUUCUCUCUCUUCUUCCUCUCCAAACAUUUCUCAUCAUACACACAACAUCAACAUGAGCACCUUUACUUCUUCAACUCCACCUCCACAAACACCUCUCUGCCUCCGGCCCCCUCCCCAUCCCGGCCGCAGAGGCCGCUGGUUGAGAGCACAGGGAUCAUAAAUGAGUUGGGAAUCAUGACCUCUAAUUUCAUGAUUGGGGAAUUUGAUGAGGGGUUAUUAGUGGAGAAUGCCAAGGUUGGUGAUAUUAGUGAGAAGGUUAAGGGAGAGAAUGAUGAGGGAGAGGUGAGUAAACUUAGAGUUUGUGACAUGAAUAUGAGUGAUUAUGUUCCUUUUUUGGAGAAUGUGGGAGCUGUUUCUAAAGGAUUUGACUGUUUGGUGCCAAGGCCUAAAGGGUACAAGCUUCCAAUGCCAUGGCCAAGGAGCAUGGAUGAGGUGUGGUUUGAAAAUAUACAUUAUAAGGCCAAAGAUAAUGAAGGGGUGUCGAAAAAAGAUGAUAAACUUGUGUUUUCUUCAGAAGUUGGGUCUAAAUCAGAUCAAAACUUGGAACAGAUGGUUCCUGAGAUUGCAUUUGGCCAAAGGACACGAGUUGUUCUAGACGUUAUUGGUUCGGGCAUUGCAGAUUUUGGUGCUUACUUGAUGGGGAGGAAUGUGACAACUCUUUCAGUAGCUGGGAAAGAUCAGGCGAAGCGUGUUCAACUUGCCCUCGAGAGGGGUGUACCGGCUAUGAUGGCUGCCUUUGGAACCAGUCGUUUUCCUUUCCCAAGCCAAGCAUUCGACUUGAUCCGUUGCUCUAGAUGUGGAAUCAACUGGACUCUUAAUGAUGGGAUUUUGCUUAUUGAGGCAAACCGGUUUCUUAGAGGUGGAGGAUACUUCGUUUGGGAGGCAGACGCGGUUUAUAAGUACGAAGGAGAGCUGGGAGAGCAAUGGAGAGAAAUGGAGGAUCUUUCUAGAAACCUUUGCUGGGAACUAGUAUCUAAGGAGGGCUACAUUGCUGUUUGGCAGAAGCCUCUAAACAACAGCUGCUAUCUUGUCCGUGAUCCAGACAUACGACCUCCGCUUUGUGACCAAGAUGACAAUCCAGAUGAUUUAUGGCGUGUGAAGGCGAAGAAAUGCAUAGCGCGUAUACCUGAGGAUGGCAACGGGGCUAAUCUUACUGACUGGCCUGCGCGCCUCCAUAGUGUACCGGAUAGGCUCUUGAGCAUAAAAACAGAUUCUGAUGUGUCUAGGAGGCAGCUGUAUAGGGCAGAUUCCAUAUAUUGCAAUGCUAUUGUGCAUGGAUAUGUUUCAGUUUUCAAGAUAAACGAGGCGAAGAUACGCAAUGUGAUGGACAUGAGAGCUGGAUAUGGAGGGUUUGCAGCAGCUUUGCUCGAGUCCCGGGCUAAUAGUUGGGUUAUGAAUGUUGUUCCAUCGAGUGGUCCAAACACACUGCCUGUGAUAUACGACCGGGGCCUUAUAGGAGUGAUGCACGAUUGGUGUGAGCCGUUCGACACUUACCCUCGAACAUAUGAUCUGCUCAAUGCUGCAGGGCUUUUCUCUGUUGAACAGAAAAGGUGUAAUGUGAGAAAUAUUAUGUUGGAGAUGGAUCGAAUCCUGAGGCCAGAUGGCCGUGCUUACAUACGCGACACGACUGCUGUGAUCUAUGAGCUUCGAGAGAUUGCAGAGACGAUGGGAUGGAUUGCUCACAUGUUCGACACAGAAGAGGGUCCUUAUUCGGAUUGGAAGCUCUUGAUCUGCACGAAACAAAUGUAAGACGCUCGUAUACAUGGUUCGUGAAGCUACAUGCUAUGAAUAUGAGUUAGUCUUGGAGGAGUGGAAUAGUGGCAGAUGAGAGAAUCACACAAAUGGUUUUGUUUUGUAUUUUAUUUUUUAAGAUCAUCGCAUAUAUACUUGGAUUUCUUGAGAUGCUUCAAUGUUGUUGUACCUACUAUCACUCAAGUGUUAAGAUAGUAUUCCAUUAAAUCAUACCAUGUAUUUUUAGUUA